UCAUAUCAAACUUGUUCGAAUGCAGUUUCAUUUGAGUGAUGGUCGUGAGCAGUCUUUGCAUGGACUACGACAAAGCCGGAGUAAACAAACGGUUUUUCACCACACACUCACACAAAUGCAUAUCAGUACAAAUAUAAAUAACAGUUAGCCAACCGUUGCAUCGCUCAUAAUCAACGGAUCAUUGCUUAGUUUUGGGCGUUCUAUUGAAUUUCUAACGCGAAAUGGAUACGGGGCCAAAUGAAUUUAGUACGCUGCUAGCGAAAAAUCAUCGUUCGCGAAAAUACUCGUACACGAGAGAUAGCAGUAUCGGUAGUGCGGAGCUUCCGAGUGAUAUGAUAUCGGAUGUGUCUACAUCAUCAUUAUCUGUGCAUGCAAAUCUGCGUGGAUCCGUCGAAUCUGUGACGUCGAUCACAUCCAGCGAACUGGAUGAGUUUAAUUGGAGACGCUUACGGUUCUACUUGGUCGAACCGAUGGUGUUCAUUCUCUUAUUUGCAUACAAUUUAUCAGAAACCAUCGUAAAGAACCAGAUAAUUUAUCAAACAUGCACGUCUAUAUUCUAUUUCAAUGACACUGAUUGUGGACAAUUAGGUACUAAAAACGCCAGUGAACAUGUUAAGCAAAUAGAGACUACUAUUCAGCCGUAUGCUGCGCGCAUUUUUAUGACAUCCUCACUCAUUGAGAGCUUUGUGCCAGCAUUUUGUGGGGUAUUUAUCGGCGCUUGGUCGGAUCGUUUUGGACGCAAGCCAUUGCUGAUUACAGCCUAUAGUGGAUAUGCUCUCUAUUACGCAAUAGCUGCAAUAAUUGCGCAGUUAUCCACAACCAGCCUAGUCAGCCCGUGGUAUUAUCUACUGGCGGUGUUGCCACUUUCGUUGAUCGGUGGCAGCGUUACAUACUCGGUGGCCACUUUUUGUUACAUUUCAGAUGUGUCCAGUGCGCAAGAGCGUCCAUAUCGCAUGGCCUCGUAUGAGGUGGCAUUAAUCAUGGGACUCAUGGCUGGUUCCUUCAUAUCAGGUUAUCUUUACGAAGCCACUAAUGCGACUUUCGUUUUUCUAACAUCAUGUUGUUGUAUUUUUGUUGCCAUCUGUAUUAUACUCUUCUUCGUACCGGAAAGCUUAAAUAGGCGACGCUUUCAAUUCAUCUACAAUACUGUUAGCGAGGAGGAGGAACUGUAUCGGCAAUUAAACACUUCUGUGGGCGAAACGGGUGAUCGAAAACUAUUCGAUUUAGCAGCGGUUAAGGAAAUGUGGCAGACCUGUUUUAAACCGCGAGAAUAUAACGAUCGCGCUAUCAUCUGGCUGUCAAUGAUCGCAUAUUUAAUAUCGGUGUUUGUUUUAGAUGGCAGCAUGACUGUGUUUUACUUGUUCAUACGCGAGAUAUUCAAUUGGUCCAUUAAGGAGUUUACUACGUUCGAGACAAUAAACAUGCUCGUGACCACCAUUGGCAAUAUAAUGGGUGUUCUUAUAUUAAAAAGAUUACUCAAGCUGUCUGUUGUUCACAUUGGCGUUCUGGCGUUUCUGAGUGAUGCGGCUGGCAGUUUCACAAAGGCUUUUGCGGUUACUAAUUGGUUCAUGUAUUUAGCGGUCGGUCUCAGCGCUCUGAGAGCAAUGGCACAUCCGAUGUGUCGCACUAUUGCGUCAAAUGUGUUACCGCCAAAUGAAUUAGGAAAGUUCUUCUCCUUCCACGGUGUUCUACAGGCUUUUAUACCAUUCAUUGCCUCACCGAUAUAUGCAGGCAUUUAUAGCAUAACGCUCACGAGUUUCCCGGGAUUUUACAAUUUAUUAAAUGCCAAUCUGUUUAUAAUUGCCAUUUGUUUUCUGCUCGUGAUCUUGCACAUGAAGCGUGUUUUUCCAACACGUUACCAGGAACGUCUCUAAAAUAAUGGUGUGCUAAUUCUCAAUAUCGCAGCGAGAAAACUUUUUUUAUUUGAAUAAUUUAAUAUUAAGUAAUUCUUUAUUACAUUGUUGGAUGUUUAAUUUGAUUGCUUUUCUAUUAAUAGUUUUAGAGUCAAGUAAUACCUACAUAUGUAUGGUACAUAUAUACAAUUAGUAUAUACAAUAAAUAUAUGUGUAUAUAUUUUAUAGCUAUCGAAAAUAUAUUUAUUUGUUCUACAACUGAGAUACUACUUGCACCUUUCAGUGCCAAUUACUAAUGUACUAAAUCCUAAGACGAAAAUUCUUAUCUAUAAGCAGCACAAGAAAUAUUACUUAAAACACAUAUUAGACACGACUUCCGGCAUUUCUUCGUAGCUCUCUAAUCCGGAUGUUCGCCUAACUUAAUGCUUCGAGAAUUACUUUUCAUCACUUUUUACAUGAUAGCCCUUUACGUAGUCCCUUGAAAUUUAGGUUUUAUAACAUAUUGUUUUAAAAUGUCAGUGUAAUAAUAUGCUUGUGUGUUGGUAAUAUUUAAGAUCAGCAGAUUACUCCAUUUGCAAUCCCAUGUGGGGGAAGAAGACCUCAUAUAGGUGAUGAGAUGUGAACAUCGAACUUUUAUUUAUUAUUAAUUAUUAUUUAUAUUCAAGACUGCUUCGUAGGGAGCAAACUGGGCGAGUGAGCAGCACUGCACUUUAUUUCAUGACAUUGGCUCCCCUUCCGUGGAACAAUGACGCCAACAUCGCAUAUUAUGUUGCAGCUUAGCCGAGCGGCUCGCAGCCACACGAUAUUUUUCUAAUAUUUACAUUCCUUAACUCGUGAUAUCUUUCGAAUGAAUUGUCCUAAUAAAUUUAUAU